UCGUCCCCGAAAUCUCAUCCCCAUCUUCUCCCCCCUCUCUAUCGCCUCGCCCUCCCGGCCUCCCGCAACAAGCGGAGGACGAUUAUAUUAAAAAAAAAACAAGCGGAGGACGCCGGCCUCCAUCCACGGGGUCCCUCCGCCGACAGCCUCUUCCACGCUCCUGCGGAGGCUUGACUCCCUCUCCAUCAGACGCCGCCCGCCUCUCUACCACCUCCCUCCUUAAUCCCGCGACCGCAACCACCGUUUCCCAACCGGACGCCGCCGUCUUCCUUCUACCUCCCGCGGCCGCUGUCCUCUCGAAGGCCUGCACACGGUUUGAAGGGAAGGAUAAUUGCGGUGCUGUGUUUGAUUUCACUGCGAGGAGUGAGAUGAGGCUAAGUAUUGGACAAGUCCAUCGAAAUGUUCUUGCGCUGGCAUCUUCCCGGUCGGGCUUUGUUCUUGGAGACCGUCUUUCAUUCAGGAUGCUGUCACAACCACGGGCAGCUGGAUUUCAUCAGACUGCUCGGCGUGGUAGUCAAAUUGUAGAAGAUAAGGGAGGGCCAUUAACUCUUGCUAGCUUAGAAGUGCAAAACAGGGUUGAAUAUGUGAAUAAGGAAAAAAUGGCACGAACUGGAGGUCCGAAGCAAAGUUCGAGAGGUUCUUCUUCCCUCAAGGUGAAACCUAGUGUUUCUUUGCUUAAUGUCAAACCAGUGAAGACUGCAUUGCCAAAGUCAGCUGGGAUAAAGAAGACACUGAAGGUAGAUGAGGCUCUGUUUUCUGCCAAGUCAUUUGAAGAGCUUGGUUUGCCGCCUUUGCUUGUUGACCGGUUGAACAAGGAGGGUCUAGCUGCGCCAACUGAGGUCCAAUCUGCUGCUAUUCCUAUAAUAGCACAAAAGCAUGACGUGGUGAUCCAAUCAUAUACUGGCUCAGGGAAAACACUUGCUUAUCUUCUCCCAAUUCUUUCUGAAAUAGGCCCACUGACGAGGCCUAUGGGGCAAGAUAAUUCUGAGAAAAGAUCAGGUAUUGAAGCAGUUAUUGUUGCUCCUUCCAGAGAAUUAGGAAUGCAGAUUGUGCGAGAAGUAGAGAAGAUUUUGGGUCCUAACGAUAAGAGACUUGUCCAGCAACUUGUUGGUGGUGCUAAUCGUUCCAGACAAGAAGAAGCAUUGAAGAAGAACAAGCCAAUCAUUGUUGUUGGUACACCUGGUCGUAUAUCUGAAAUUUCUGCAGCAGGUAAGCUACACACCCAUAGCUGCCGCUUCCUUGUACUGGAUGAAGUUGACCAGCUUUUGUCUUUUAAUUACCGUGAGGAUAUGCAUAGAAUUUUGGAGCAUGUUGGAAGGAAAUCUGGUUCCACAUCUAGGGAUAUUCUUGGCCCACUUGCUAGGCGUUCUGAGCGCCAAACUAUCUUGGUUUCUGCAACAAUUCCAUUUUCAGUUAUACGAGCAGCAAGGAGUUGGGGUCAUGAUCCAGCUCUUAUUAGAGCUAAGAGUGUAGUUCCGCUUGACUCAAUCACUGUUCCAAGACCUGCGUUAUCCCAAACUGAUGCUAACUCCAGCUCUCCAUCAAACUCAGUGAACCAAGCUGCUGUUGGCAGCUUGCCGCCAUCAUUGGAACACUACUACUGUACAGCCAAGGCACAACACAAAGUUGACACCUUACGGAGAUGCAUCCAUGCUCUGGAAGCACAGACGGUGAUUGCAUUUAUGAACAACACAAAGCCACUGAAGGAUGUUGUAUUUAAGUUGGAGGCCCGUGGUAUCAAAUCCACUGAGCUACAUGGGGAUCUUGGGAAGCUUGCAAGGUCUACAGUCUUGAAGAAGUUCAAAGACGGAGAAUACAGAGUUCUGGUUACAAAUGAGCUGUCUGCCAGAGGACUGGAUGUGCCAGAAUGUGACCUUGUGGUUAAUCUGGACCUUCCAACUGAUUCUACACAUUAUGCCCACAGAGCUGGAAGAACUGGACGUCUUGGGCGGAAAGGGAUUGUGGUCACAAUAUGCGAAGAAAACGAGGCAUUCGUUGCAAGGAAAAUGCGCAAGCAAUUGGCUGUGCCCAUCAAGCCAUGUGAAUUCACUGAAGGCGAGCUUGUUGUUCAUAAGGAGGAAGAUGUGGAAUAAAUUUUCCUAGUUUGCAUUAUUACAUCUGUUUACAUGUAGCUUUUUGUAAUAUGAUUUUGCAAAUUCAACUGUUAGUACUCCACUGGCCUUUGCUUGUCCUGCAGGAUAUUUAUAUAGGCUAGGUUUUUCUUUUUUGAAACACUAGUCUGCAACCAAAUUAAGUCAUAGCUACCUCUUAACUUCUGCAGGGAGCUAUUUUCUGCGGAAUCUUAAUUCCUGUAUUCCGGCAGUAGAUGAGUACUGAGGGAAACAUUCCAUCUUGUGGGUGUAAAUUGAACCAAACUAUUUAUUUGAUGCCUCUGGAGAACUAUCAACCACCCCUGGAACUUUGUUGGAUGUUUCUGUUAA